AUGAAGCUGCUUUCAUAUUAAUGAGAGGAGGCGGAGUCGCUGGGUUCUCGGCUCAGGCUGCAGCUGACAGCUGGAGAGUGACCGGGAGACACGGGUGCAUAGCAGGAGAGACCCCGGCAGUAGGGAGAGACUCAGGAGCAAGCACGGAGCCCAUCUCCCCGGAGGAGGGGAGCACCAUGUGUAUGGGGGAGAACAGGUCGCGCUGAGUCCAGCUACUACACACUCCUGCUUCCCAUUCCAGCCCGGGCAUCCCAGUACCCCAGCUCUGCCCCCACUGACACUGCUUCUGCCCCACUGCCUGCACAGCACCCCAUCAAUAUACUCCUCUGCACCCACACAUCCCAGUACCCCAGUCCUGCCCCCAGUGCCACUGCUUCUGCCCCCCACCUGCACAGCACCCGACCACUAUACACCCCUGCACCUACACAUCCCAGUACCCCAGUCAUGCCCCCAGCGACACUGCUUCUGCCCCCCCUGCCUGCACAGCAACCCAUCACUAUACACCCCUGCACCCAAACACCCCAGUCCUGCCCCUACUGACACUGCUUCUGCCCCCCGCCUGCACAGCACCUCAUCACUAUACAUCCCUGCACCCACACAUCCCAGUACCCAAGUCCUGCAUCUACUGAAACAUCUUCUGCCCCCUGCCUGCACAGCAUCCUAUCACUAUACACACCUGCACCCAAACAUCCUAGGUCCCAGUCCUGCCCCCAGUGACACUGAUUCUGCCCCCCUGCCAACACAGCACCCCAUCAUUUUACACUCCUGCACCAAAACAUCCCAGUACCCCAGUCCUGCCCUCAAGUGACACUGCUUCUGCCCCCUCACCUGCACAGCAACCCAUCACUAUACACCCCUGCACCCAGUACCCCAGUCCUGCCCCACUGCUCCUGCCACCUCUCUGUACAGCACCCCAUCUCCAUACAUUCCUGCCCACCCAUUCCAGCCCUGGUAUCCCGGUACCCCAUCUUCAGUCACACUGCUCCUGCCUGUACAGCAUCUCAUGCACCCAGUGCUGGCUCCAUGUCUGCACCUAAACAUCAAAGUGCCUAAGACACACCAAACGUCAUGACCAAAAUUUUGGAUUACGCCUAACUCCUUGAUCCCAUGCCAACUUCGACCCUGCAGUUUGCACCUGGUUACUCUACAGCUGGGCACUUGCCACUUCCACCUGAUCCCCAUCCAGCCAGCUGUGCCAGCUGCUGUUCACAUGGCCGAUUUCCAGCUCUUGUGACACCUGACAGCAAGACCCCUUGUGUCCUGGGACCAUGGAUAGUAUCACCAUGCCCCCGGAGGGCAGCUUUCACAGUCCCUUCCUGGAGCUGGAGGACCUGACAGAGGCGGACUUCAUGAGCAAUGUGCAUUUCUCUGAGGCUCUGGAUGAUUUCUCAAAUGAGCUGUUUAACAGUUUCUUCGAUGACCCUCCCCUACUGGACCGGGAUUCCCUACUUGAUAUGGACGUGGAGAGCCCAGCUCCACCCAUACAGGCGGAGCACAGCUACUCCUUGAGUGGAGACUCCGCCCCACAGAGUCCAGCGCUCACUAUAAAGGAGGAAGACGAGGACAGCCCAAGCGAGCCUGGCAGUGUGGUCUGGGCCCUGGAGCAUGAACUCUGCUCGUUACUGGUGAAACAGGAGCAGAAUAUUUUAUCACAGGUAGAGUCCACACAUCUGACUGGGCCUCCGGAGCAAACGUCUGGGGCAGGAGUACUACAGAAUGAGGAGAAUGUCUCCAGAACCCCAAUAUCGCACAUAAAAGUAGAGCCAGGAAUACCAAACCACAUGCUGAAUGUACAACCAGAUGUUUUGGGGGUCAUGCCUCUCACCCCUCCCAGUAGCCACAGCAGUGAUAGCGAUGGCUCUCAAAGUCCUCGCUCUCUACCACCUCCCAGUCCGGCCCGUCCAGCGGCUCGCUCCUCCCAUGCCAUCUCCUCAUCGCCACUGCUUACCGCUCCUCAUAAACUGCAAGGCACGUCAGGACCUCUGAUGUUGACGGAGGAGGAAAGACGCACCCUAGUAGCAGAGGGGUACCCCAUUCCCACCAAACUGCCCCUCACUAAAACAGAGGAGAAGGCGCUAAAGAGAGUUCGCAGGAAGAUCAAGAACAAAAUCUCAGCCCAGGAGAGCCGGAGGAAAAAAAAAGAAUAUGUGGAGUGUCUGGAAAAGAAGGUGGAAUCAUUUACAUCCCAGAACAGUGAGCUGUGGAAAAAGGUGGAGACUCUGGAAAGCGCCAACAGGUCUCUACUCCAGCAGUUACAGAAGCUGCAGACUCUGGUAACAGGGAAAGUGCCAAGACCCUGCAAACUUGCAGCUACACAGACAGGAACAUGUCUUAUGUCCGUUCCCGAAACCUACUGUCCUACGACGAAGGGAACGGGGCUUCAGAAGAGGGUCCCACCACAGACCUGGGAGUCCACAGAAGAGGAAGUUGGGGCCCUGACCCAGGAAUUCUCAACAAGUAUCUCGAGAACACGGCUCACGAAAGGGACAAAUACCUUGGAGAAACAGACCGGGAGAACCGGACAGAUGGAAGAUUCACAAGGGAAGAAGAGGGGGACAGAGGCUCCGAGUUCUUGUAGGGCCGGGGGCAAAGGGAGAGGGAUAGAAGCUGAUCACUAUGCAUGGGGGAGCAAGAGAAAAAAGCUGCUGGGAUUUCUGGAAUCAGAGACUAAGGAACUAUGGUGAUCCCGACGCAGACUAGCAACCCCCGACAACGUUUGUGCCUGCGGAUUCACGGCGUCAGGUUAACGCGUGCAGAGACUUAGUGAUAUAUACUGCCAUCCUCGCCUGUGAGUGCAGUAGAAGAGACUGAAUAGAGCUUCUGCACACCCAGCAGUGUGCGCGUUAACCUUUUCCUGCCUGAGAUGAAAGCACAAGAGUUCCCAACAUCUUCACAUGUUAGAUAAGACUUUGUGGAUACAGAAAGGGCUCAGCAAUCCCUCACGGUGCUAAUAAAUGACUAUUAAAGGCAACCACGCACCCCCGGCUCUGCCAGUCGUCUCACCAGCCAGGAACCCUCCCUCAUUCUCUGCCGCCCCAAGGCCUCUGUCCCUGUAUAGGUGGCAGUUGGAUCGCUGGAGAAGAUUGUUAGUUAGCGCGAGCUUUGUACGCACGGGAGGCUCCCGAUACAGAUUUAUACGCUUUUUCCGCUCAUCUCCGCUAUGUGCCUGCUUCAGUCAAGCAAAAUAAUAAAAAAAGAACAGCAUCAGCA